AUGGCGGCCCAGGUCAGCAAGAAGCGCAAGUUCGUCGCCGAUGGCGUCUUUUUCGCAGAGCUCAACGAGCUGCUGACGCGUGAGCUGGCCGAGGAUGGCUACUCAGGCGUGGAGGUGCGCGUCACGCCGAUGCGCACCGAGGUGAUCAUCCGCGCGACCCGCACGCAGAACGUGCUCGGUGAGAAGGGCCGCCGGAUCCGCGAGCUGACUGCCGUCGUGCAGAAGCGGUGGAAUUUUUCAGAGAACUCCGUGGAGCUGUACGCCGAGAAGGUGAACAACCGCGGGCUGUGCGCGGUGGCGCAGUGCGAGUCGCUGCGCUACAAGCUGAUCGGCGGCCUCGCCGUCCGCCGCGCGUGCUAUGGCGUCGUGCGCUUUGUCAUGGAGAGCGGUGCCAAGGGCGUGGAG